AUGGUCCGGUCGGUUCACAUCGCGGUAUUUUCGAUGCUUCGUCGUGUAGCAGUUCUCUUCGCAUUGCUCUACGAGCCAGGUGGGACAUCCCUCCUGGAAAUUGACCUCCAUCUGUUCGGGGACGAUGGUUGGGUGCACGUCUUCCCAUAUCAACGGCGUGGAUACAAACCAUGCAUCGUCCCGGAUGAUCUCCCUGAUUUCGUGGCGAAACUUUGGAUGGUCUGCUACAGCCCGGAACACUUGGAUGUUCAACGAGUUGGCUGA